AUGGCUGCGUCUUCUUUCGCUCUAUCCCAAGCUGCCACCACCCUCUCUCCCUCCGCCGCUCUCGCCAUGAAUCUUCCACUAAUACAACCCAACUACCUUCUUCUAUAUCCACCCUCUCCAUCCCCAUUUCUCCGGCCUCAAAUCCACCUCAACUCCCUCCUCACGCGCUGUCACUCCCCGGCAUUCUUGGCGAUUGAUGCUGUUGAGAAGGCUAAUUCCGGUCACCCUGGUUUGCCCAUGGGUUGUGCUCCGAUGGGGCAUAUUUUAUACGAUGAAGUAAUGAGGUAUAACCCCAAGAAUCCAUAUUGGUUCAAUAGAGAUCGCUUUGUUCUCUCCGCCGGACACGGAUGCAUGCUUCAUUAUGCCCUCCUCCACCUUGCCGGCUACGACAGUGUUAAAGAAGAAGACUUGAAGCAAUUCCGUCAAUGGGGAAGCAAAACUCCUGGCCACCCUGAGAACUUUGAAACCCCGGGUAUCGAAGUCACUACAGGUCCACUUGGUCAAGGAAUUGCCAAUGCAGUUGGUCUUGCAGUUGCAGAAAAGCACUUGGCUGCUCGAUUCAACAAGCCAGAUGCCAAGAUUGUUGACCACUACACAUAUUGUAUCCUUGGUGAUGGUUGUCAAAUGGAGGGGAUUGCAAAUGAAGCUUGUUCACUCGCGGGUCACUGGGGACUCGGGAAACUAAUUGCUUUUUAUGACGAUAAUCACAUUUCCAUUGAUGGUGACACUGAGAUUGCUUUUACAGAGAGUGUUGACAGACGUUUUGAAGCCCUUGGUUGGCAUAUUGUUUGGGUCAAGAAUGGGAACAAUGGUUAUGAUGAUAUUCGUGCUGCGAUUAAAGAGGCAAAGGCUGUUACUGAUAAACCAACUUUGAUCAAGGUGACAACAACAAUCGGGUUUGGGUCACCAAACAAGGCGAAUUCAUACAGUGUUCAUGGAGCUGCAUUGGGUGCAAAAGAAGUCGAUGCAACAAGACAAAACCUUGGAUGGCCUUAUGAGCCUUUCCAUGUUCCUGAGGAUGUGAAGAAGCAUUGGAGUCGCCAUACUGCUGAGGGUGCAGCUCUAGAAUCCGAAUGGAAUGUGAAAUUUGGUGAAUAUGAGAAGAAGUAUGCUGAAGAUGCAGCCGAGUUGAAGUCUAUUGCUGAUGGGGUACUCCCAAACGGUUGGGAGAAAGCUCUUCCUAAAUACACGCCCGAUAUUCCCGGCGAUGCAACCCGAAACCUAUCACAAUCAUGCCUAAACGCAUUAGCACCCGUUCUCCCGGGGCUCCUCGGUGGAAGUGCCGAUCUCGCCUCUUCCAACAUGACCCUAAUGAAAAUGUUCGGUGACUUCCAAAAGAACGCUCCGGAAGAACGAAACGUCCGCUUUGGUGUCCGUGAACACGGAAUGGCCGCCAUUUGUAACGGCAUCGCCCUGCACAGUCCGGGAUUCAUCCCGUACUGUGCUACUUUCUUCGUUUUCACCGAUUACAUGAGAGGCGCUAUGCGCCUCUCAGCUUUAUCUGAAACCAGGGUCAUCUACGUGAUGACCCACGAUUCCAUCGGGCUGGCAUACAAGGUCGCAGUAGAAAACCGUAAGCGACCGUCUGUGCUUGCCCUUUCGAGACAAAAGCUGCCCAACCUGCCCGGAACAUCAAUCGAAGGUGUAGCGAAAGGUGGUUAUAUUGUAUCCGAUGAUUCUUCGGGCAACACGCCCGAUGUUAUCUUGAUCGGAACCGGGUCCGAGCUUGAGAUUGCGGUUAAAGCUGCGGAUGAGCUUAGAAAGGAUGGGAAAUCGGUUAGGGUUGUGUCGUUUGUGUCCUGGGAGCUUUUUGAUGAACAAUCUAAUGAGUAUAAAGAGAGUGUACUUCCGGGUAGUGUCACGGGUCGGGUCAGUAUUGAAGCCGGGUCGACUUUUGGGUGGGAAAGAAUAGUUGGAAGCAAAGGGAAGGUGAUUGGGAUUGAUAAAUUUGGGGCAAGUGCACCUGCGGGAAAGAUAUAUAAGGAGUAUGGGAUAACAGUUGAAGCUGUUAUAGCAGCCGCUAAGGAAGUUUGUUAA